CCGGCUCCGGCCUAUAAGAGGGCUGGUCGUUGACGUCAGCUUUCUCUUCCGCCCGCUCUGUCCCCGCCAGCGAGACAGGGCCGCAGCCGCCGCCAUUACCGGUCCCCUCCUUUCCUCCGCUCCCGGAGAAUCCGCCGCCAUCCGCAGCCAUGGUGAACUUCACAGUAGACCAGAUUCGGGCCAUUAUGGACAAAAAGGCCAAUAUCCGAAACAUGUCUGUGAUUGCCCAUGUGGACCAUGGCAAAUCCACCUUGACUGACUCCCUAGUAUGCAAAGCUGGUAUCAUUGCUUCUGCCCGUGCUGGUGAGACCCGGUUCACUGACACGAGAAAAGAUGAGCAGGAAAGGUGCAUCACUAUCAAGUCAACAGCUAUCUCUCUCUUCUACGAGCUGUCUGAAAAUGACUUGGCCUUCAUCAAACAGAGCAAGGAUGGUUCUGGUUUCCUGAUCAACUUGAUUGACUCACCUGGACACGUAGAUUUCUCUUCUGAAGUCACAGCGGCUCUCCGUGUCACUGAUGGUGCCCUGGUUGUCGUAGACUGUGUCUCUGGUGUGUGUGUACAGACGGAAACUGUGCUGCGACAGGCCAUUGCUGAGAGGAUCAAGCCUGUCCUGAUGAUGAACAAGAUGGACAGAGCACUGCUGGAGCUGCAGUUGGAGCCAGAAGAGCUGUACCAGACCUUCCAGCGUAUUGUGGAGAAUGUCAAUGUCAUCAUUUCUACCUAUGGGGAAGGAGAGAGUGGCCCCAUGGGAAACAUCAUGAUUGAUCCUGUGCUAGGUACAGUUGGCUUUGGUUCUGGCCUGCAUGGCUGGGCUUUCACCCUGAAACAGUUUGCUGAGAUGUAUGUUGCAAAGUUUGCUGCAAAGGGUGAUGGGCAACUGGGUGCUGCUGAGCGUGCCAAGAAGGUAGAGGACAUGAUGAAGAAGCUGUGGGGAGACAGAUAUUUUGAUCCUGCUUCUGGCAAGUUCAGCAAAUCUGCUACCAGCCCUGAUGGAAAGAAACUGCCCAGGACUUUCUGCCAGCUGAUCCUAGACCCCAUCUUCAAGGUCUUUGAUGCAAUCAUGAACUUCAAGAAAGAGGAGACUGCUAAACUGAUCGAGAAACUGGACAUCAAACUUGACAGUGAGGAUAAAGACAAGGAGGGCAAACCCCUACUGAAGGCUGUGAUGAGGCGCUGGCUGCCUGCCGGAGAAGCUCUGCUGCAGAUGAUCACCAUCCACCUGCCUUCCCCUGUCACAGCUCAGAAAUACCGCUGUGAGCUGCUGUACGAGGGCCCCCCUGACGACGAAGCUGCCAUGGGUAUUAAGAACUGUGACCCCAAAGGGCCCCUGAUGAUGUACAUCUCUAAAAUGGUGCCAACCUCAGACAAAGGUCGUUUCUAUGCUUUUGGACGUGUCUUCUCUGGUCUCGUCUCUACUGGCUUGAAAGUCAGAAUCAUGGGACCAAAUUACACUCCUGGCAAGAAGGAAGAUCUGUACCUGAAACCAAUCCAAAGGACCAUUCUUAUGAUGGGCCGUUACGUUGAACCCAUUGAGGACGUGCCUUGUGGUAACAUCGUUGGGCUGGUCGGUGUUGACCAGUACCUAGUCAAGACCGGCACCAUCACCACCUUUGAGCAUGCUCACAACAUGAGAGUGAUGAAGUUCAGCGUCAGCCCCGUGGUGCGUGUGGCUGUUGAAGCAAAGAACCCAGCUGACCUGCCCAAGCUAGUAGAAGGACUGAAGCGUUUGGCCAAGUCUGACCCUAUGGUGCAGUGCAUCAUUGAAGAGUCUGGAGAACACAUCAUUGCUGGUGCAGGAGAGCUGCAUUUGGAGAUCUGCCUGAAGGAUCUGGAAGAGGACCAUGCAUGCAUUCCAAUUAAGAAAUCUGACCCUGUCGUGUCUUACCGCGAGACGGUCAGUGAGGAAUCCGAUGUGCUGUGCCUUUCCAAGUCCCCCAACAAGCACAACAGGCUGUACAUGAAGGCCCGACCCUUCCCAGAUGGAUUGGCUGAGGAUAUCGACAAAGGCGACGUCUCUUCCCGUCAGGAGCUGAAGCAGCGUGCACGCUACCUAGCUGAGAAGUAUGAGUGGGAUGUCACUGAAGCCCGUAAAAUCUGGUGCUUUGGUCCAGAUGGCACUGGCCCCAACAUCCUGACUGAUAUCACCAAGGGAGUGCAGUAUCUGAAUGAAAUCAAGGACAGUGUUGUGGCUGGCUUCCAGUGGGCUACUAAGGAGGGAGCUCUGUGUGAGGAGAACAUGCGCGGAGUCCGCUUUGAUGUGCACGACGUGACCCUGCACGCUGAUGCCAUUCACCGUGGUGGUGGGCAGAUCAUCCCUACUGCCAGGAGGUGCCUGUAUGCCUGUGUGCUCACUGCUCAGCCAAGACUUAUGGAGCCCAUCUAUCUUGUAGAGAUCCAGUGUCCAGAACAAGUAGUUGGUGGGAUCUAUGGUGUCCUGAACAGGAAGCGUGGCCAUGUCUUUGAGGAGUCCCAGGUGGCAGGCACUCCCAUGUUCGUUGUUAAGGCCUACCUGCCUGUCAACGAGUCUUUUGGUUUUACAGCUGACUUGAGAUCCAACACCGGUGGCCAGGCCUUCCCCCAGUGUGUGUUCGACCACUGGCAGAUCCUGCCUGGGGACCCCUUUGACAACACUAGCCGUCCUUGCCAAGUCGUUGCUGAGACCCGCAAACGCAAAGGGCUGAAGGAAGGCAUCCCGGCACUAGACAACUUCCUGGACAAAUUGUAAAAACUACCCCCCAACACCAGUUUAAAAUCACUGUCGUUGGACUCUGAAUAAACUAACUAGCAUAACAUCAAAUGCAGCAGGCAACUGUAGACUGCAGUGACCAUCUCUUUGCAUUAUACUUAAUCGGUUUCAUAGCAAUUUGAGACUUUCAGAAAACACGUUGAUAUUCAGCCUUAUAGGUUUCUGUGUUGCACAUGACUCAUGGGGGCCCCACUUGGUGCCAUUGUAACUUAAAAACAUUUCCACUUGAUGCAACUCAAGUUGCCCAGUUCCAUAUUUAUUUGACACAGGAAAGAUGCUUUCCUCUCUGCAGGGAUUGGGCAAAAGGGGUGGGGAGGUAAGAGGGCACCUGCCGCUUCAAAGGGGGAAAUUCAUAAUGCCCAACGACUUGCAAACCGAGCAAAACAUUGCCCGAAGAGGGUUUGCUUGAGUUAACGGCCUUUAGUAUGUUUUUUUUUUUCUUUCUCCCCAGGGGAGGGGGAUGUGUAAGGGGACUUGUAGUUGGGCAGAAACUCAAAGGCAGGAAGAUCUUGUGCAGUGUGAUUGUCAUCAUGAACAUCAACCAAUGUAUUAGUGCCACUGGAAUAAUAAAUUUGAUAUGGUGAUGAGUA